AUUUCUACAAACUAUUUAGAAAAACAAAACCUAUAACCCUCAUAUCAAAAGAAUCCAAACAAGUUAAGCGAAAAUUGAAUUAUGAAUAAUUCUGCUACAAAAGUAGGUGAAAUUUUCACUGCAGCCGGGCAAGCUUUUAACCGUCUUGGAGAGUUAACAAUGCAAUUGCACCCUACUUCAGAUUCACCAUCUUCUGGGAGCAAAUGGACAGAUGAAGAAAUAGAAAUGUUACAUGCUUCUAUAAAUCGAUUUUCAGAUGAUCUAAAUAAAAUUAGUUUGCGAAUUAAAAAUCGAACUGUAUCUCAAAUUAAACAAACGCUAAAGAAAAAAGCUUUUGAAGAAGCAGGAAUUCCUGUAAAGCAAGUACCAGUUCAACAUAUGCAACAGAUACAAGUACAAAAUAUUCAGCAGCAGCAACAACAACAACAAUCACAUAUUCAAAUUCAACAUCAUUCACAUCAGCCUCAAUCGCAAGUUCAGCAAAUAAUUGUGCAACCCAAUCAAAUUGUAACGUCAGCAGCUGCUUUAGCAUUGCCAUCAACUAGUUCAGCAGAUCCAGAAACUGUGGUUGCACAACAUAUUCAACAACAGAUUGAUAGUAGCCAAGUAGUAUGUUCUACACCAACAACAGUUUUAUUAGAUCAAAAUAAUACAAAUGAAGUGGCGAUGACAUUAAAUAGAUUACAUGCACAGGAAAUGACUUUGAAUAGAUUAAAUACUCAAGAAAAUGAAGUUGACGUUGAAGGUUUGCAAUCUGAAGUGAAACUUGCUUUUACGGGAGAAGAGGUGGCUGGAUGAAAUGAAGUUGAAGACGAAUACUAUUUUUAAGACUGUGAGGUGAGAUGAUAGUUUAGGCAUUGUAUAAUAAAUUUUCAUCUAAAACAUUUUAAUGUUUUUGUUGCAAGCGUAUAUAGAUAUGUAGGAACACAUAUUUUAAAUUAAACUUGUAUAAAAUUGAAUUUAGUUUUAUUUUUAUAAAAAUAUAAACUUUAACUUAGCAUUA